AGAAACCUACCCCUACAAGAAACUGCUCACUAAGGGUGUGCAUGCAGGUGUUUCUGCACUGACAGAUCAUCCUUUACCAUGCUGUGUUUUCUGGCCCCUUUGGUCUAGCAGGAUGGCUUGGCUCACAUGGAUACUUUUCUUCAUGUUCCAUACAUCAGCAUCAGGGAACACAGCACCACAAUUCACAAUGAAUACUACCUUCUCUUUGCCCGAAGACACACCUAUAGGAGCCUGGCUUUUUAAGCUGGUGGCUGUGGAUGCUGACAAGGAUGAGUUGACAUAUGGUAUGACAGGCACAGAAGCCUACUACUUCUCUGUUAGCAGUGACACAGGCAAUGUGACACUGAAGCAGACAGUGGAUUAUGAGAAAACAAAGUUGAUUAGGGUUGAAGCUACUGUUGAUGACCACAACAAUAAUCAGGUUGUAAAAAAACUCACCAUCAUGGUAAAAGACCGGAAUGACAAUUUGCCAAUAUUUAUAAAUGAACCCUACAUGACAGAUGUUCUUGAGAAUACAGCCAUUGGCUCUUCAAUCUAUACAGUUUUGGCUAAAGAUGAAGAUACAGGAAGUGCUGGACAAGUGUCAUAUACAAUUGAAGAAGUCAUUCCAAACAAUGAGACAAAUUACCAUCUUUUCUACAUCAUGUUUAACGGCACUGUGGUGUUGAACAGUUCACUCAGUUACAAUAACAAGAGCACUUUUUACAGAAUCAAGAUCAGAGCCAGGGAUGGUGGAGGACUGUGGGAUGGUGUAACUGUCUAUCAGAGUAACACAGCCUACCUAUCUGUUACUGUUGUUGAUGUGGCUGAUCUGGAUCCGCAGUUCCUGGGAGAGCCGUACAUAGGCUCCGUACCAGAGAAUUGCCCCUUGGGAACCCCAGUGUUGACUGUGCUGGCAAUUGAUAGAGACAAGGAGGUGAAUGAUAUCAUCUAUUAUAACAUUGUUGGUGCCACUAGCAUGUUUACAAUCAACAAUAUCUCAGGUGUAAUUACUGUGAGUGGCAAUCUAGACCAUGAGGGCAUACCAGGUGAAGAGGUGCAACUCCAAGUUGUGGCUCGAGAAAAAGGUUUGAACAUUUACCAGCAGGUGGCACAGGUGAGCACUACUGUGAUUAUCCAGGUCACUGAUCUCAAUGACAACACCCCACAAUUCUAUUCGUGUGAAUAUCCUGCCUGCAACUUCUCAGACUCUCCAGUGAGUAACUUUUCUGGUCAGAUAGAGGAGCAUGCUUCCCCAAGGACACCUGUGACCAGCCUGAGCAUUGUGGCCUAUGAUCCUGACAAGGGUUCCAAUGGCACCUUUAAGUUGUCCUUGCAUGGUCCAGAUGCAUUUGCCUUCUCAGUGACACCCCAACAGAUUGUGAAUGUAGGCGCAGUACAAGUGCUAGUGAGCAAUUCAAGUGUUUUGGACUAUGAAAAGAUACCUGAUCAUUCUGUAACCAUAGAGAUUGUAGCAAAUGACACCAGGAAGACAAGCGAUUGCUGCUCCUUUGCCAGGAUUACCAUCCGUCUUCUUGACAUCAAUGACCACAGACCUGAGUUCAAUCAGAGCGAGUACAAGCUGUAUGUUCAGGAGGAGAGCCCUCCUGGCACCAUCGUCUCUUCUGACAUCAAAGCCACUGACCCAGACAGUGGAAUUUAUGGAGAACUCACCUACCAUCUGCUGCCUGACAGCAUACGGUCCACUUUUAUAGUGAAUGCAACAAGUGGUACAGUGCUGGUGGCAAAUGGCAGUAAGCUGGAUUGGGGAAUUAGACCUGUUUAUUAUGCCACGUUACAGGCAGUGGAUGGGGAUGGCUUGUCUGGUACUACACAACUGGUGAUCUCAGUUGAUGACAUAAACAACAACCCUCCCAUUGCAACAGGCUCUUACAAUGUUUUCAUCACUGAAGGUCAAGACAUAGUUGAUGUUCAGAUCCAGGCCACUGACAAUGAUGAUCCAGAGACCAACAAUAGCUGCUUGUGCUUUGAGAUUGUGCCUGGUAACUUCAGCAGCAAUUUCACAAUUGACAACACAGGGGUGUUGCGGAGCAGAGGGCCCCUGGACCGUGAGGCAAUCCCCAAGGAGCUUGAAGGCAAGGUGGUGGUAACAGUGCUUGUGCAUGACUUGGGUAUCCCGCAGUUGAACACUACAGUCAAUGUCAACAUCAAUGUGGAGGACAAAAAUGACAACGUACCCAGAUUCAACAGUUCACUUUAUGUGUUCUCUGUUCAAGAGGGCUUGCAAGGAAUCUCUGUGGGUAACGUGGAAGCCACAGAUGCUGACCAGACAGAAAUCAACUUCCGCAUCUCGUUCCAUAUUGAAAGCAGUGCAGGCUCAAACAACUUCCUGAUACACUCUGCUAAACUGAGGGAUGGCUGGUACCAGGGGAACUUGCGGUUAGAUCCAGACAUUGCUCUUGACUAUGACCGGCAGCAGAACCUCUUCAAUCUGACUGUGGAGGCUGAGAAUUCAGACUUUGGAGGGACCGUGGACAUUGCCACUGCCCUGGUGCAGGUUCAUGUGCUCGAUGUCAAUGAUGAGUCCCCAGCCAUUGUGCCAUCCCCACCAAAUGAUAUCAGAGUGUUGGAGAACCUCCCUCUACAUGAGUGGGUUGCCACACUGCAGGCCACAGACAUAGAUACUAACCAUUCACUGUUAUUCCAGGAGUUAGCUGUCACAUGUUUUCAUGGUUCAGUCAAUGUGGGCAAUGUAUGCAUUAACUGGUUCCUCUUAGAACCCAAUGGUUCUCUUGUUGUGAACUCUUUGGAGAUAGACUAUGAGGUCUGUGACCUAGCAGAACUGAAACUGCGUGUCAAGGAUGAGUUCACUGAUGUGGGAGACCCCUACAGUAGAAAUGAGACCUUAAGGAUCAUAAUCGGUGAUGUGAAUGACAACGCUCCAAUGUUUGCUUCUAUCAACAAGACUUUUGUGGUCAUUCCAGAGCUCUCUGUAGUGGACCUGCAAGUGGCUGUAGUUUCGGCUACAGAUGAUGAUUCAGGGGUGAACAGAAUGAUCACAUUUGCCAUCUCCAGUGUAGUUUUCAUCUCAGGCAGUGGAUCAAACCAAAUUCUUGAAAAUAUUUUCAAGGUGACAACAAUGGCAGAGAAUAAUAUCUACAUCGGGAGCAUUCAAGUUGCGAGCAACCUUGACAGUUCAUUGAAAGGUCAGUACCAGCUGACGGUAGAAGCCAAAGAUGAUGGGAUACCUCCACUGAGCUCUUCAGCAUCACUGGAUAUCUUCACUGUAGACAAGAGCUACCGAAUUGGGCUGCAAUUUGACAAGACAUUGCAGGAAGUACAAGCCAACUUAGACAAAAUCAAAGUGGCUCUAUCCAUGGCCACCAAGUCAACAAUCCAUGUGGCAACAAUGAAAUCUUUAGGGGACUCAUCAGCCUCCAAAUCUGACAGGGCUAAUGGGAAGAUGGUGAUGGAGGCCUACUUUGUCCUCAGCAAUGGCACAGCUCUGACAUAUGAAACUGUCAUCACGCUCAUCCAGACCAACACUGAGGCCCUGGGGCAGCUGCUCAGCCUAGGCCUGUCAAUUAUUGGCCCUGUGGAUGUGACAGAGCCCAGCAAGGAGAAGGAGCUGUUCAUUAUCAUCUCAAGCCUGGCUGGGGCAGUGUUGCUCAUCCUCCUCAUCAUGAUCGUAACUUUGGUCAACAUCAGAAAAAGUUAUGAGAGGAAGCUGAAGGCCCUGACAGCCCUUAAGGUGGCUUCAAAGUUCUCAGCGAGUGCAGCACAGCAGGGACCUGCUAUUCCUGGGACCAACAAAUACAACGCAGAAGGGGCUAACCCUGUACUUGGUUUCUCUUUGGACCCCUGUACACAACUGGACUUUGAGGACACUACCAGUUACGAUGCUGUCAGCCUGAACUCGCUAGAUGAGAAUGCAGUCGAUGCUGCCGUGAACAGUUCAGACACUCCUUUGAAGUUGGGUAGAGCAGAUCCUCGACUAAGAGAAAAUGGCUGGGCAGAGCCUUUGAAAGCUGCACUGGAACACCACACCCAUGAUUUAGAGGACAAACCACAGCUGCUCCUCCAUCAGAACAGUUUAUAUUUUGAUAACCCUGCCUUGGACACUACAGAUCUAUGACUUGACCCAUCAUUCAGCCCUAGCAGGGGAGAAAACAACCUGUGCAGCAACCAGCUUCUUCCACUGAACUUGUACCAACAGCUUCAAUGUACAAAAAUGAAGGCAUGAAGAACUCUUCUUUGCUCAUUGCUUACAAUUGCCUGCAUUAAUUUGAUCCUGGGCCUAUAUCUGACUCAACCUAGAAUGAAAGAUCAUAUUGGAACAUGAAGUUAAAGUUUGCAAAUGUUUCUCAACCUAAGCAGUGCCAGCAAUUUCUUUUGCAUGAUUUAAAAGGCAGCAUACAAAAGUUCCCUUCCCAGAGGUUUACUCCAUACAGGAGAUGGGACAGGCGACAAGAAUUCAGAACAAAGUUUCCAGUUGCUGGGCAUAGAACCUGCUCUGUAUAGCCUUGUUCCACUUCCUGCCACACUAAUAAGUACUGCCUUCAUGAAGCCACAGUGUGGCCAUGCUGGUUGGGGAGGCUAGAGCACGUUGGGUUCCCCCUGCACAUGUGAUUCAUAAAAGAAGGGGCUACUGCAUUGACUUGGAUUAAUGUGUUCUUUUCUAGGACAAUAACCCAAAUGUUUGUGCUGGACUUGGAUAAAAACCUAUUGUUCCUGAGAUAGGCCUAUAUUGUUGCCUUAGAGCUAAUGGCCACAUUGGCAGGGGAAUCGUAGUCCAUGAAUAUCUGGAGGGCCAGAGUUGGACACCCCUACCUUAGAGAAUAUCUCUCCCAGGUACUAGCCAAUGUGAACCUGUUGUGCUGGUUACCUACUGCUUCUUUGAUAUGCUUUGGACUGAGGGAGAAGUAUACAGUGGAAAGUACUGCAUCUGGAUCAAGGAUCUACUUGAGAUACUGUGCCUUUGCUGUUGCAAAGAAGAUGUAUCACUGCAAAUAACCUUGUGACACUAUGCUGGUUGGGAAAUUCCCUUUUGUGGGUGUCCAGUCCUGGAAGUCAAUGACAUUAAUGUCUACAAAUUAAUCAAAAUUAAUAAAUGAAGGCUGUCACCGUA